AUGGCCGCCGCAGCGCGCGAGCUCUCCCCGCUCCUCCUCCUCCUGCUCCUCCUCGCCACCGUCCUCGCCGCAUCGGCGCGCAACGAGGAGGAGGCCCGGACGCUGGCGGCGCUCAGGGCGGCCCUGGACCCGGCGGGCCGGGUGCUGGGCUCCUGGGACCAGGCCGCCGACCCUUGCGGCGGCUCCUUCGUCGGCGUCACCUGCGACGGCACGGGCCGCGUCACGGGCAUCUCGCUGCAGGGCCGCGGGCUCUCCGGCACCCUCCCGCCGGCCGUCGCCGGGCUCCGGCGGCUCAGGGGGCUGUACCUGCACUACAACGGCAUCAAAGGGCCCAUUCCCAGGGAGAUUGGCGGCCUCUCCGAGCUCGCCGACCUCUACCUCGACGUCAACCAUCUCUCCGGGCCCGUGCCCGUGGAGAUUGCCGGCAUGGGGAACCUCCAAGUGUUGCAGCUGGGUUACAACCAGUUGACAGGAAGCAUACCACCCCAGCUAGGAAACCUGAACAAACUGGCUGUUCUUGCACUCCAGUCCAACCAGCUGACCGGAGCUAUUCCGGCGACCCUUGGCAGCCUAUCUCAGCUGACACGGCUUGAUUUGAGCUUCAACAGCCUAUUCGGCUCCAUCCCUUCUAAGAUCGCAGACAUUCCGUUCCUUGAGGUCUUGGAUGUUCGCAACAACACUCUAUCGGGGAGUGUUCCUGCUGGUUUGAAGAGAUUGAAUGGAGGGUUCCAGUUUGUGAACAACAAGGGGCUUUGUGGAACUGAGUUUAGUUUGCUUGAUCUUUGUACUUCUUCAGAGGAUGGCCUGAAGCCUAGCAAGCCUGAGCCUUUUGGCCCAGAUGGUACUGUCAAGACAGGGCAAGUUCCCCAGUCGGCAAAUCCAAGCACAACAAAAUCUUCAAAGGCAUCUGCAGGAGUUCUUAUUGUUGGUGUCGUUGCUGUGGUUGCUGGUGCUGCAUUCUGUGGAAUAUUUGCAUUCUCGUAUUAUCGCCGGCACAAGCAAAAGAUUGGCAGCUCACUGGAGGUUUCAGAUAGUAGGCUCAGCACUGACCAUUACCAGCAGAAGGAAGUCUGCCGAAGGAGCGCUUCGCCUCUGAUUAGUGUUGAGUACUCAAAUGGAUGGGACACUAUGUCAGGUGGAGGUUGUGGAUCAUCUGGGGAGGUUGGCGAUAGCUUUAGGUUCAACCUAGAGGAGGUUGAGUGUGCAACUCAGUAUUUCUCCGAGGUUAACUUGUUAGGUAAAAGCGGCUUUGCUGCGACAUACAAGGGAAUGCUGCGGGAUGGGUCUGUUGUUGCGGUUAAGAGCCUAAAUAAGACAAGCUGCAAGCAAGAGGAGUCUGAUUUCCUGCGAGGUCUGAAGACACUCACCAAGCUGCGACAUGAGAACCUGGUUGGCCUGAGGGGAUUCUGCUGCUCUAGAGGGAGGGGGGAGUGUUUCCUAGUGUAUGACUUCAUGGUUAGUGGGUGUUUGUCACAGUAUCUUGAUGUUAAGGAUGGCUCCGAUGCUACUGUUCUUGAUUGGCCUACAAGGGUUUCCAUCAUCAGAGGCAUUGCAAAAGGUGUUGAGUACCUACACAGUAAGAAGAGCAACAAGCCAUCAUUAGUGCACCAGAACAUAUCGGCUGAGAAGAUCCUUCUCGACCACCACUUCGCCCCACGGCUGUCUGUCCCAGGGCUGCACAAGCUCCUCGCUGACGAUGUCGUCUUCUCAACCCUGAAGGCCAGCGCAGCCAUGGGGUAUCUCGCCCCUGAGUACGCCAACACAGGCCGCUUCACCGAGAAGAGCGACGUCUUCGCCUUUGGGAUAGUUGUCCUCCAGGUCAUCACAGGCAGGAGGGCUGUCUCACAACUGACGUUAGGCACAGCGGCCAGCGACCUCGAUGGCCUGAUUGAUCCAAACCUGGGAGGCGUCUUCUCGAGGACUGAGGCUGCCAAGCUCACAGCAGUUGCUGCACUUUGCACAAAUGAAGCGGCAAGCCAGAGGCCAGCAAUGGAAGCUGUGGUUCAGCAGCUCAGCGGCUGACGCUGAAGUUCUGAACCGAGCUGAUAUGAAGAUGUCUUCUGGGAACCUCAUCGACAUGAGGUCUUUUGUAGUAGUAGUAGUAAGCUGGAGGAGGGUAAUGAGGAUCCAGUUGCCACUGACCUGCUAGUGUGGAACAUGUUGGCACUCGUUAAUUAGUCACUUUGGUUAAAUUUGACAAUCUCUUUAUCACUGGAGUGAUGAAAGAGAUUGUGUACUGAGAUCACCGAACCGCCGUUGGUUCUUGUGUAGUUCAGUAUGCCGUGGAUGUAGAAUCUGUAGG